AUGGAACACGAAAGUGAAUUUCGAUUUCCAACGGAAUCCCGGGGCGCUCUGCUCUGCUUCCUCUUUCGACCUUCGCUGCCCAUUUUCAACGGAAUCCCAGAGCGCCCUGCUCUGUUUCCUCCCUCCUCUCGCCAUUUAUACAUCCUCUGCUUCGGCGGCCAGCUGCACUCUCUCUCUCACAUCUCCAUCUUCACAGUGCAACCGCGUUUUCUUCACUGCACGCGCGCCUCUCACACACCUUCAAAGCUUGUUCUGUUUUCUCUGUUUCUUGCCUUUCCUAAUCUAUUCUUCACUGACCCACUGAUCCAUGGAGUUACUGCGAAGAUCCUGACGACCGCCUUCGAAACCCCCGACCUCGAGCUCGGUCUCAGUGGUCCCGGCUUAUUACCAGGUGAUUCCGAGAGCCACAGGAGCGACGGUUCGAGAAUGCGGAGAGAACUCAGCAUUGGGUCCGAGAAGGGGAGCGAGGAGAAAGCUCCUGCCGAGGGUUCGGGCCGCGCGCCGGAUGACCCGCCGUCGCGGCAGGCCUCCGGCGACGUGUCGCUGGACGUGGAACUGGAGAUGGAGGAGCUGCGCGGCGGCGACGGAAGCGAGGAGAAAGCUCCUGCCGAGGGUUCGGGCCGCGCGCCGGAUGACCCGCCGUCGCGGCAGGCCUCCGGCGACGUGUCGCUGGACGUGGAACUGGAGAUGGAGGAGCUGCCCGGCAGCGACGGUUCGAGAAUGCUGAGAGACCCCAGCAUUGGGUCCGAGAAGGGGAGCGAGGAAAAAGCUCCUCCCGAGGGUUCGGGCCGCGCGCUGGAUGACCGGCCGUCGCCGCUGAUCGGGCGGUCCCUACACCAGCAGUGGACCUCCGGCGACUUGUCGCUGGACGUGGGACUGGAGAUUGAGGAGCUGCGCGGCAGCGACGGUUCGAGAAUGCUGAGAGACCCCAGCAUUGGGUCCGAGAAGGGGAGCGAGGAAAAAGCUCCUGCCGAGGGUUCGGGCCGCGCGCUGGAUAACCGGCCGUCGCCGCUGAUCGGGCGGUCCCUACACCAGCAGUGGACCUCCCGCGACUUGUCGCGGGACGUGGAACUGGAGAUUGAGGAGCUACACGGCAGCGACGGUUCGCCGCCGGCUCCACGGCCGCAGAGGCAGAGCCAGGACGGCUCGAGAGUGUCCUGCCAGCCGCCCAUCUGGACAGAGGCUAGGCCAGGUGUGCCGCAGAGGUGGCAAGAAGGUUCGCCGAGCAGUGGGGGAGAUGGAAACUCUGUAGGCAACAGAGAAGAGGAGGUCACUAAAAGGACGUCGAGCGCGACUUCCCAUCGAUCAUACCUGCUCUGCUCAAAAUCCCGGUCGCGGAUGAUGGACCCGCCGGAGGAGCCCCAACAGAGAUCGGGUCACAUUCCGCGGUCUGGAAUGUUGGGGAGGGCAGGGGAUGAGGACGAGGACGACAUCUUCUUGGAAGAAGACCUACCAGAGGAGCUCAGGAAAACCCCGUUCGGUGCCAUGGCUCUGUUACAGUGGGUGAGUUUGGUCUUGAUCGUUGGUGCUUUAGUUUGUACUCUUGCGAUUCCUGCAUCGAAGCAUAAGGAUUUGUGGAAGUUCAAACUGUGGAAGUGGGAGGUCCUGGUCCUGGUCUUGAUUUGUGGGAGGUUGGUCUCUGGGUGGAUGUUUCGAUUAGCUGUGUUCUUCAUGGAGAGGAACUUUCUGUUGCGAAAACGGGUUCUGUAUUUCUUCUACAGCUAUCGAAACGCAGUGCAGAACUGCCUGUGGUUGGGAUUGGUCUCGAUUGCUUGGCGUGCUCUGUUUGACAUUAACGGUGACGGGUUGAGGUACGUCACCAAGGUGCUCUUGUGCUUUUUGGAGGUGGCUCUACUGUGGUUGAUCAAGACACUGAUCUUCAAGGUGCUGGCAUCGUCGUUCCAUGUGAGGACCUACUUUGAACGGAUCCAGAAGUCUCUGUUCAAUCAGUACGUGAUUGAGAAGUUGUCAGGUCCGCCUGUGAUUGAAAUUCGGAGGAGACAGGAAGAGAACAUUGCAGGUGAUCGUCAGACUUUACAGGAAGCAAGCGUGACUGUGCCGCCAGAAUUAAGGGCGGUGGCUUUUCCAACUGAAAGUGGUAUGGUAGUUGGGAGCGGAGGGCUUCAGAGAAGUCCCCGAGUGAAGAACACGAAGCUCUCUCAAGGGCUGUCGGGAAACAGCGAGGGAGGGAUCACAAUAGAGCACUUGUACAAUCUGAAUCCCAAGAAUGUGUCUGCCUGGAAUAUGAAAAGAUUGAUUAAUAUGGUGCGGCAUGGAUUGCACUCCACAUUGGAUGAGCGGAUACAGGAUUCUACUGAAGAGGAUGAGUCGGCAACAAUGAUCAGGAGUGAAAACGAAGCCAAAGCUGCAGCUAGGAAGAUCUUUCGAAAUGUGGCUAAGCCUAAUUCAAAGUUUAUCUACUUGGAAGAUCUGAAGCGGUUCAUGAAGGACGAUGAAGCCUUGAAUACGAUGAGGCUCUUCGAAGGAGCCGAUGAAUGCAAGAGAAUCAGCAAGUCGUGCCUGAAGAACUGGCUGGUCAAUGCUUUCAGGGGGAGGAGAGCACUUGACUUGACCUUAAAUGACACCAAGAUUGCAGUGAACAAGCUGCGUGACGUGAUCAACGUCAUAGUCGGUUUCCUCGUAUUGCUCACCUGGGUUCUCAUCCUGGGAGCACCAACAAUGAAGUUCCUGUUCAUUAUCAGUUCGCAGCUCGUCCCCUUGGCAUUUCUUUUCGGGAACACCUGCAAGACCAUAUUUGAGGCGACUCUCUUCUUGUUCGUGAUGCAUCCGUAUGAUGUGGGCGACAGGUGCGAGAUCGAUGGAGUCGAGUUGGUUGUGGAAGAGAUAAACAUCCUGACGACCGUGUUUCUGAGGGAUGACGAUCAAAAGAUUGUAUAUCCAAACAGCACUCUUGCAACAAAGGCCAUCGGCAACUAUUAUCGGAGCCCAGACAUGGCAGACGAGAUCGAAUUCUGUGUGCACAUAGCUACCCCUGCAGAGAAGAUUGCUGCCAUGAAGGACUGGAUAACCGGUUAUGUCGACGACAAGAAAGAGUACUGGCAUUCCUCGCCAAUGAUCAUAAUGAAGGAUAUAGAAGAGCUGAACAGUGUGAGGAUUGUCGUGUGGUUAUACCACACUAUGAAUCACCAGGACAUGGACGAGAAGUAUACGAGGCGAUCCCUCUUGAUUGAGGAGAUGGUCAAGAUGUUCAGAGAGCUUGACAUCCAAUACCGCCUGCUACCGCUUGACAUCAACGUCCGCGCAAUGCCAGCCUUGAGCUCCACGCGGGUUCCUCCAGCAUGGGAAAACGCUGGCUGA